AUGUAUGCACCCAGGGCCGAAGCAGAGUCGAUUCCAGCUCUAAAGGAACUCAAGAAUGUUUUGGCCGAGCAAAAGCAUUCGUAUGUUUGCGGUGGUCGAGUUCCCAUCGCCGCAAACGCCAUCUCGAGCGCUGGCGAGGCGGCACCAGCCAUGAAGCAGGCGCAGCAAUCUGAUCCAAUUACGAUUCGAUGGGACGUGAGCGGACUCUCGGAAGAUGACGAGUCUCCAUGUCGCAAAUUGACCCUUCCAGUCUCCAAACAAGCUGAUCGGAAUGCCCUUAGUGCCCUGAUCCAGGACUGCCAGCCUGCGACCUUUGGCUUGGGUGGCCAGGAUGUAUACGACGAGACCUACCGCAAGGCUCUGAAGAUGAAUCCAGAUGAGUUCUGCAGUACCUUUGACCCUUCCUCUCUCGGAAUUGUGGACACGAUUGCACAGAUACUCCUCCCAAGCUACUUGGAUUCGGCCACACACCGGGCUGUGGAGGCGAGGCUAUACAAACUCAAUGUCUACUCGGGUCCAUCCGGCAUGUUCAAGGCCCACGUCGACACGCCUCGCUCUCCGAUGCAGUUUGGGUCUCUUGUGGUUUGUCUCCCCGUCGAGCACCAAGGCGGACAGCUCAAGGUUCGCCAUGAAGGAGAAGAGACGACCUUUGACUGGAGCAUGCUUGCCAAUCAAGACAAGACGGCGCAUAUCCAGUGGGCGGCAUUUUAUAGCGACUGCGAGCACGAAGUCAUGGAGGUUUCGGGCGGAAACCGGCUCACCCUGACUUACAACCUCUUCGCGGUCCCUGGGGCCGGGCGCUUGACGGGACAGUACUUGACACUGGACCCGACGCACCUACCGUUAUACCGCGCUGUGGAGAAGAUGAUCUCACUGGAUCCGUUUUCUGGACAAGGGGGUAUGCUGGGCUUUUGGUGCUCCCAUGUCUACGCUUACAACAACGCUACAGAAGUGCCUCUCCCUGAAACACUAAAGGGCGUCGACGCAGCCCUGUGGGAAACCUUCAAAGCUCUCGGCAUCGAUGUCAAGAUUGCACCAGUUGUACAAAUAGACGAUCGUGCCGAAGAGGAUUUUGAGGAUUACGAGGAACCUAUCAAAGAGAUACCCUCAGAGUGGAUUGUCGGAGAGAAAUUUGGCCUCGAAUUGCACGGUUCUUAUCCAGUGGAGGGCUUUGAGGAGUACAACGAAUUGUACACAUCAUGGGGUUCCUACCUCAAUAAAAUGCCCACCUAUUGGCUCACGAAACCCGUUCAACGCGAACCCCAGAUCUUCUACGCGGCGUAUGGCAAUGAGGCAUCCCUGGGCAUUACGUACUCGAGCUGCGCUAUUCUUGCAACUCUGCCACCAACAGAGUCGGCGUCUACCGACUAA